UAUCGAUUGAAAGCAGUUGCGCGAGCGUCGUCGGACGGAAAGCACGGAAUCGCGUGAUCGUGAAGUUACCGUACCACACUGUAACCCGCUGUUCGAUUGGUGUUGUUUGAUUGUGAAAUCUGUGAAGAGUCACCACCGUACCCCCCCGUUUCAGCAUGAAACUGUUUGUAGUGUUGAUGGCCCUGGUGGCCGCUGCGGUUGCUGCACCGGCGCCCCAGUUUGGCUUCGGAUAUCCCGGCUUUGGAGGAGGAAAAUUCUAUCGGAAAGCACUGCGUAGAGGCUUUAUUCCGGUAGCGGUUCCGGUUCCAGUAGCGGUAGCACCGAUCGGUGUAGCGCCGGUCGGUGUACUAGCCCCAGUCGGAUACGUAGAUCCAGGCCCCCACUAUGGUGGACACUACGGUGGUCCGGUCGGUGGUCUGCUCGGUGGUGGUGGAUUCUCCGGCAGCCAGGCUAACGCACAGUCCGCCUCGUUCAACAUCGGUCUAGGCGGCAUUUCGGGCUCGUUCAGUAACUCGAACGCUAACUCGUUCGGCGGUGGCCAUGGCGGUGGUUUCGGUGGAUCCGGUGCACAGGCGUCGGCACAGUCCGCCUCGUUCGGCGGCGGUCUGGGAGGUUUCGGUGGUUCGGCCUCCAAUGCCCAAGCGUCGGCUAACUCGUUCGGUGGAGGCGGCGGUGGUUUGUUCUUCUAAGUGAAGCGACCCGUUUUGGAGUCUGUAUAUAAGCAACGUCGCUAACGGGUAGCGAUAGAUGACACAACCCCUCAUUUACAUCGUCAAAAUAUUGGCCGUGAACGGAAUCGGUCGUUCUCGGCUGCGCUGAAGCCAUUUUCGUGUUGUAAGCUAUUUCUAUAUGUUUAUUUAUGAAUAAAAUAUCGUGGGAAAAUUGAAA